AUGCGCGCGGUCGCCUGCGCCGGCCAGGAUGCGCCGGCGGGGGCGACGCGCAUGGGCUCAAGCUGUGAGGACCUGCAGCAGUGCGCCGACAAGGAAGUCAAGGACAAGGGGCGGCUGGCGUCGCAGGCGCAGGCGCUGCGGGAGGAGAGCGCGAGGCUGGAGGCCGAGGAGCGCGCGCUGGCCGAGCGCGCCGGGCAGAAAGCGGUGAGCUUCUCCGCGGAGCAGCUCCAGGAGUUCGAGCGCGCGAAGCGGGAGACGGAGCAGCUCACCGCGGCACACGGAGACAGCACGCGCAGGCUGGAGAGUAAGGCCGCCGCGGUGUGCGCGGAGCGCCGGCAGGCGGAGCUGGACCUCGCCGAGGCCGCGGCGCGCAAGGACCACCUCACGCGCCGGCUCGCCGAGCUGGCGGAGGCGGAUGGCGCGGCGCGGGAGCUGGCGGCGCGCGACAGGGCGGGCGCCGAGAGGCUCGGCGACCGGCUGGGCCGGCUGCAGGAGGCGGCCGCCAGCGUGGCGGACGAGCGGGAGCAGCUGCAGGCCGAGCGCCAGCAGCUGCUGGACACGGUGCAGGACGUCGCCGCCGCCGAGCGGCAGGUGGAGAGGGAGCGCCAGCUCUCGCAAGUCUGCUCGGCCUUGAAGGAGGCCGUGCCCGGCGUCCACGGCAGGGUCGUGGACCUGUGCCGCCCGUCCCAGAAGCGCCUGCACGUGGCCGUCAACGUGGCCGUGGGCAAGUUCUUGGACGCGGUCGUCGUGGACACCAGCGAGACGGCCCGCCGCUGCGUGCGGUACCUGAAGGAGCGGAUGCAGCCGCCGAUGACAUUCUUGCCCCUGGGCGACCUCCGAGUGGACCCGGUCGAUCCGCGGCUCGACGAGCUCGUCAAGGACGAGCGCACCGCGCGGCUGGCGCUCAAUUGCGUGACCUUCGGGGAGGGGUUCGCCCGCGCCUUCGAGUUCCUGCUGGGGGACACGGUGGUGGCCGACACCAUGGCCGACGGCCGCCGCCUCGCCUUCCAGGAGGCGCGUGCCCUGGGCCUCAAGUGCAAGGUCGUGACGCUAGCAGGGGAGGCCAUCGCGAAGAACGGGAACCUGUCAGUGAGCUCGGAGGCCGCGCGCGAGGGCGGCACGCGCUUCGACGUGUCCGAGCUCGAGGCGGCGCGGGCGCGGCUGGAGGCGGUGGACAGGCGCUUGGGCGAGCUCUGCGCGGCGGAGGGCGGCGGCGGCGCGGAGCGGGCCGCGCUGCAGGACGAGGUCCGCCGCGCGGACGCCAGGGCCAGCGAUGCGGCGUCGCGGCUGCGCUGGUUGCAGGAGCAGGCGGCGCAGAAGGCCCGGGAGUUGCAGGCCGCGGAGGCGGUAGUCGCCGCCGCGGGCUCGGUGGCUGAGAGGCUGGCUGGGGAGGAGGCGCAGCUGCGCGGGGAGCAAAGGGACAUCGAGAGCCGCGUGGGGAAGGCCGUGGCGGGGCGCUUCGCCAAGCUCAGCAGGGCCAUGGGCGUGGACGACGUGCAGAGGGUGGAGCGCGAGUGGCGGCGGGAGCAGGAGGCCGUCCAGGAGCGCGCGGACGUCGUCGCGCGGCGCCUGCGGAACGCCAAAGCCGAGCUGGCGAUGCUGGAGGCGACCUUGCGCGAGCAGGCCACGCGGGGCGCCGAGGAGCUCCUGCCGCAGUUGCAUGCGGAGCACCAGGAGUUGCUGCAGAAGGAGCGUUCGACGGCGCAGGCUGUGGAGAGCCUCAGGGGCGAGGUGGAGGAGGCGCAUGCGCGCCAGCAGCAGCUCUGGGACGCCGAGCGCGAAAAGGACAGGGCACUGUCGCGCCUUCGGCAGGAGGCGAAGGAGCGGCGUCAGCAGCAGGCGGCCGCAGAGAAGCGCCUGGGCGACAUCGACGCGGAGGAGAAGGCCCUCUGCAGCAGCCGCGCGGACGUGCUGCGCCAGAGCGUGCUCGAGGGCGUGGAGGUGCCGGUGCUCGGCGGCAGCGCGGGCGCGCUGCAGGACCUCGUCGAGGCCAGCCAGCCGGUGUCGGCGCCUGCGGGCGCGGGCGCGGGGCCAGGCGAAGGUGCCUCCGCGAUCGCGGUGGACUUUGCCUCGCUGCCUCAGGAGAAGCGAGCCGCCUCCUGCGGCCCCGCGGCCAGGAUGCUGGAGGAGGAGUACCGCUCCGAGCUGGAUCGCCUCGCGGUGGAGCUGAAGCGGCUGAGCCCGAACCUGAAGGCCACCGAGCAGAUGCGGGGCGUCGCGGAACACGUUCAGGCCGCGUCCCACGAGGCGGACGCCGCGCGGAAGGAGAUCGAGGACGUGGACGCGAAGUUCGAGGAGGUGCGCAAGCAGCGCAAGGAGCGCUUCAUGGAGUGCUUCCAGAAGGUCUCCGGCGAGAUCAGCGAGGUGUACCGGCGGCUCACCGCGAACACGGCGGGCCUGCGCGCGGACGGCGGUUCCGCGUAUUUGGACUUGGAGGACAUGGAGGACCCCUUCAACGGCGGCGUCAAGUUCACGGCCAUGCCGCCGGCGAAGCGAUUCCGGGACAUGCAUCUUCUGUCGGGUGGCGAGAAGACUUUGGCGGCCAUGGCGCUCUUGUUCGCGGUGCACGCUUACUCGAAGCCUCCCUUCAUGGUCCUCGACGAGGUAGACGCAGCUCUUGACGCCAACAACGUUAAGGCCCUGGCAACCUACGUGGAGCAGUCGGAUUGCCAGACGAUCGUCAUCUCCCUGAAGGAUCGCUUCUUUGUCAAGGGGGAGGCGCUGGUGGGCGUCUGGAAGAACAAGCCGAAGGAGACUUCGGCUGUCCUGAGCCUGGACCUCUCGCGUUAUCUCCCCCCUCAGGCCUGCUGA